GCCUGCGGUGCCGUAACAACAGAGGAGGAGUGCUUGGAAGAGCGCAGCGCGGCGGAGCUCAGCGAGGUCGUCUCGGCAGAGUCGAUGCGCGUGCUGCACCCCUUCCACCACAAGGUCGUCGGGAUGUACCUCGGCAGGCUCAAGGACCUACCCGCCGCCGCGCGGGUCCAGAUAGCAGAGCAGCUCAUGGAGGCGCAGUGCCGCCUCAGCAAGAGCGAGAGCCACCCACUGCUGGGCAAGCUGGCCGAGCUGGCUGCGCGGGCGCACCUGGAGCUCGGCGACGCGGGCGCGGCUGCCCUCGAGGCUUCCGCGAUGCGGAGGCGCUCUUCGCCCUGUCCCACCGCGGCCCCCCCGACCUCGGCCACGCUGAGCGCUGCGGCCGGCAGCGGGUGGCGGCCGCCAGGCGCCGCGGCGGAGGCGCCGUGA